CGUAGAUUUCUUGAUUCAUAAUAAAACGAACAUAUGCCAAUAAUAAUGCUGCAUUAUCAGGUAAAGUUGACUCGUUCAGUGGUAUAGAGAAAUGGGUCUGUUGUUGCUUAAGGGAACUCUUUUAAUGAUAUCAGAUGCAGGUUUGUGUAAAACAGUUUUUAAAACCUCUUCAACGGCUGGCAAAAGUAACUUCUCUCCGAUAGUAUGCGGUUUUCCGGAUUUUCCUAUAAGUAACGAGAUAUUGUAAGAUGCCCGCAAACCAUCAUCAUUUCUUUGUGACGUCGAAGCGAACAUUCUGUCCAGUGUAG